CAAAAAGGUCCUCCUGUUUUUAGAAAUUGUACCCGUAGUAAAACAUCUGGGCCGAAGCCAGUGGAGCGACGCCCGUACGCCGCACCCGCCCUAGGCCGAGCUCCCGAGCACGCCGCAGCCUCGACCUCGCGAUCCGCCGGCGACCGGAUCCUCGCCGGAGAUGAGUGCCGUCGUGCCCUGCUCCCUCUCCUCUUCCUCUGUCUCCUCUCACCUCGCUCAUCACCCGAUCUCUCUGUCCCCAGGAAGAAUAGGAGCAUGCCAUGGCCUCAGAUCCGCGCCGCCGUCGUCGUAGAACGUCGUCCGCCACCGGUUCUCGGACCACAAUUACCGGAUCAAUUUGCCCCGUCUCCGAUCUACCUCGUCAUCGGGCAUGCACAGAGACGGCUAUGGCCAUCCGAUUCCCGAGCGCCGCCGGCCAAGGUGGCCGCCCGUGGCCGCCUGAUGCACGAGCACCGCCGGCCAAGGACCCGCCUGCGUCCAGAACCCCUCCACGCAUCAUGUUUUCUAUGGUUUUGUUUUCCCCGCCUCCAUCUCUUCCAUGACAAGCAGCACAAUUUUCUUUGUUUGUAAAUUAAGCAGUCUGGUAGACUUGGAAAGAAUGGAAUUACAGAUUUCAAAAGGAGGAACAGGGUAUAUACAUCGGCAUAAGAUUUGGAAAGGAGGAACAGGGCGCCGGAGACAGAGGGAUCCGGUGCAGACUUGAUGCCCUCGACCGAACCCCCUACUCAAUUGCUUCUCGUGCUCGAGUUUGACACAGGCGCCAUCGCAGCUAGGGACGCUGAUGUGGGCGGCACCGCCGUGUUCAUGGAGGCCGCCAACACAUGGGCCGUGGACACAUCGUAGUGUUCCUUCCAGGGCUCCAGACGUGGAUGGGCGUGGAUUUCUUCCAGGCGAUCGUCGAAGAGCUUGCUCCAAGAGCUCUAGGCGCUGCGAGAUACUCCCAAUUGUGCGCCCGAUUAUUCAAGGAAGUGACAGCCACUGGAAGCACGGAUCGACAAAUUAGACAGUAGACCCAGGCCAUGGAUCGGUUGAUUCAACACCGAAGGAAUAGGCAAUAGGUUAUAAAAACGAGCUGGGGGAUUUUUACUGGCCUGAAUCUUAAACAUGGCCGCCCUGCUGAUGGACUCAAGCUCCAGGUUUGCUCGCCUAACACGUCUUGACAAAAUUUCUAGCAUGAUGGAUAAUGAAUUCAUUCUGUGAUGCCACAUAGAUAUGCAAACUCAUAGUCCUGCAUGCAUGCACGUACCACUUCCUAAUGGCAUGAUGCAGUCUUUCUACUGAUACAUACACUAGCCGAUUGACGAGCGCGCACAUUAGUAAGUUCUGCUACUAGCCUAAUCAAGAGCCUUUUAUAUAGCCUUGCAGAUAAAAAAAUGAAUUGUACUAUGAGCAUCUGACAACUACGAUCAAUUUCCCGGUUAUACUUCCUGAAAUAGAAGUGGCCAACCAAAUGAAAGGAUGGAUGAUUUCCUUUAUGUGAGAUUAUAUAGAUUAUCUUACUUGAUCCGCAAUGUUUCUUUGGAAUUUUUUUAUGGAAGACACAUGAUACAUAGUUUGCUGGAUAGGUGUAAGAUAAAUAUUUUAGUUAUAGGAGGAUAUUUUCAAAUGAGUAAUAAUAGUAUUACUGCCAUCUGCUUGGUCUGCUGUGCUUUUGUUAGAGCUUUCAUAUUUCAACACAAAAACAACAAUACAAGUUGGCAUCAGAAUGGCACAAACAUCAAGCUCAAAGGAAAUGUUGUUAGUACAAUCAGUCAGGACUAACAUAGCUAGCUUGAGAUCUAGCUACAGGAGGAACCACACAUAUUGAAGUCUUAGGUCAGAAACAACAUACUAGAGUACACACAGCCACCAAGGAGCAGGCUGGUCCGUACGGAUAUCUGUGGCAGCACAACUAAACAUAGAUGAUAGGUUUGGAGCAUCAAACACAUGUUGCAAACCUUAAGCUGGAAGUACUUAACAAAGUUGUGUUGAUUUUUUUUUGCGGUUUACCUAGCUAGAGCGAUGUUUAAUUGAUAAACCAAUCCGUGAGAGAACGCUUCAUAUCUAAAUCUUAGUGGGUUAACCACUGCUCAACUGAGUGAGUACUUCAGAUUUAGCUUCUAAUUAAUAAUGGAGUUGCAGUCACAUCAACUCAGUUAAAGUAGAGCUGCAUAAAUACUCCCAUUUCAUUUGGUCGAGUAGAAUGAUCAUAUAUUUGUUAACACCGCAAGUCACUACGAUUGGUAUUUGGUUUUAAGUGUUUCACUUGGCCAAGUGUUUUAUUUAUUUAUGUAACAUGCUAUUCUAUGGGUCUACAAUAGCUCAUGUAUAUAGGAACAUCAUGCUGUCAGUUGGGAGUCGUCAAGGAUUUAGUUUCUUGGAUGAUCUAUUAUGUUCUUGCUUAUCAUGUACUCAGUGAUCUAAAAGGUCUUAUUAUUUUACACAGGGAGUAUGUUUGUAGAUAGCCGUCAAUUUCAAUGUUUCGUUUAUUUACUCUUUGAGUGUGAAGAAGACAAGCUUGCAAAGUAGCUUUUUACAUGAAUAAUGUGACAAAUAUUUACAUCUUAUAACUGCAAAUAUUAUUAUUUGUUUAGUCCAUCACUGAGCAAAUGUUUGGGACUUGGGAGUUGGAAAUUAUUCGGCUACACAUGAUCUAGGCAAAGAAAGAUUCACACAUACUACAACCAACGGAGCUCCUUCACUCUUUGUGCAACUAGAGUGGUAUCAAUAAUACCACAAAAGUAGACAUUUUUUGAAUUAUUCUUUAGUAUUCAUAUCAUGUUAAUAGCUCUUUGCUCUGUUCUUGACUGGAAAUCCUUGCUCCUUGCCUCCUGUCAAUUGUAAAAAAAGGUAAUUUAUCAGAGUCUUACGGUCUUUUAGUAUGUUCUGAGCCUCUGAGGUUCCUCAGUUUCACCUCUGAACGUGAUAUUAGUACGCUCAGUUUCAGUUUUGCAGUUUGAUUUGCUUGCUUGUGUAUAUGUGCAUGUAUACACAGAGAGAGGGAGAGAUAAUUCUAUUUUAGCAGUCAUAUUUUUAUGAAAAAUUUACUCCCCUCCACUCCAUUUUUGAUUGCUUGAAACCAAUUGCAAAUUGGGAGCAGCAUAGCAAAUGUGAAAAAGUUCAGAGCAGGUGCAUGUUUUUAGAUGGGUUUAAUUGGAUAAAUGCCAUUCCAAUUCUGGUGAUUCAGAAAAAUGCCACUCCAAUUUGCAAACUUCGAAAAAUGCCACUCCAAUUCUCGGAUACAUCUGUCGAUGCCACUCCUGCCUUUUGAGCUGGUUUUUUAAGAAAAAACGCUGACGUAUACGCCCUGUAUUUUCCGUCGGACGGAAAUGCCCCUGCAUCCAUCUGGUUAACACGCACCGGUCCAGCCCCGUGCCUAUCGUCUUCCUCGCAUUCCUCUCUUCAUUCCCCUCCUUUCUCCCAAGAACCCUAGCCGCCGCCGCCCUGCUCCCCUGCAUCCCGAGCCUCCGCCCUGCUGCUCCACAUCCGUCAACCGCGCCCUACUGCUCCACAUCCCGGUGCCGCCGUCCUGCUGCUUCUCCCCCCGUCGGGCAGGAGCCCCAGCCGACGCCUUGCUGUUGAGCGCCCCACCACCAGCAAGCGAGCAUGGCGGUGGCCAUGCUGGAGGCCACUUGAAUCGCGCAUCCUCGAGUGCCACUGCCGAAGAUUCGAAGUAACCCUGCAACAAUGUCAUCCCCGGCCCCGAAUUCUCAGUACAGUGGCAGCAAUGCUUUUAAUUUACAAAUUGUUGUGGAGGCCUUUUUCUGUACAAGUCCUGAUGGUAGGAAGAUUUAUGUGAAGGGGAGGAAUUUGCUAUGGACUGUAGUCGUAGAAAAGUUCAGCGUUGAUGCAUUAACACGCCAGCUAGCUUUAGAGUUGAACAUUGGCACUAAUCAAUUGGUGUCAGUUUCAUAUUUUGACAAAGUGUUGGGUGAAAAUGUCAGGCUGUUGCAUGAUGAGCAGCACUACUUGAUGUUUGAUAUGUAUGCAGCUGAGCUGAAAGUGCCACUUAGUGUGGUAGUGGUGGAUGUAAUUGGAUCUAGUGUAUUCAAUGGUGGAUCAAAAAUUGCAGAUUUUGUUCCUAUUAGUGUUGUGCCUAAUGAUGAUCCAUUGGUCAUGGGCACUCAAAAUUAUGAAAUAUAAUCCAGCCGAAUGAUGCACAAGCAUACCUCCAGACCGACACUACUAAUUGUCCAACAACGCCAACUCAGCCUGCACCGCCUCCUAUAGUUGAGAGUGUCACAUCAGAGGUUGGAAGUACAAGCCAGCCUAAUGUGCCACAUGCUGACCAACAACAAGAACUUCAAAAUCCUUCCACUGAUCCAUUUGAUAACGAGGAGGAGUAUGUUGGAGUUGAUGAUGAACAUCUAGUAGGUGUUAGCAUUCCUGAACCUGCCGUAAUGCAAGCACUGGCUACAACACCUGAUGAGAAAGCUGAGGAUGAGGAGGCCGAAGAUGAUAUGGAUAUCUCUGAUGUUAAGCAUCUUAUCCAGCAGGAGGAAGAGGUUACUGACAUGCCUAUUCAGUACAAUGUGGCCACUGAUCCUUAUAAUGCUGACAUUAAAGUGGGGGCUCUUUUUCCUGACAUUGUAACCUUUAGAAAAGCAAUAAGACAUCAUGCUGUGGUAAAAGACUUUGAGCUAGCUAAAGUAAGGACUGAUUCUACUAGAUUCAUGGCUAAUUGCUCAUAUCCUAGUUGCCCUUGGCGCAUUCACGCAUCGAGGUUGCGUGAUCAACAAGUUGUCAUGAUAAAGAAGAUUCCCUCUGAGCACAAUUGCCCUACUACAAAGCUUGUAGACAGCAGAAUGGCAACACAAGGUUGGGUUGCAGAGAAGCUUGUUGAUUGGGUGAAGAAAAACCCAGGAGAGGGAGCAAAGGCAGCGAAAACUAAGUUGGAGGGUGACUUCAACUUCAAGCUGAAGUAUUCCAAAGCUUGGGCAGGUAUGAAGAUAGCUCUGGAACAAAUGCAUGGUAAAUAUGAGGAUAGUUUUCAAUUGUUGUUCAAUUGGAAAGCAGAGAUAGAGAAGAGAUGCCCUGGUAGUAUUGUUGAGAUUGAUUUGGUCAAGGAAAAAGAUAAGUACUAUUUCAAUAGAGUCUUUGUAGCUUUCAAACCCUGCAUAGAUGGUUUCUUAGCUGGAUGUCGACCAUACAUAGGAGUAGAUGCAACUGCACUGAACGGCAAAUAUGUUGGUCAAUUAGCAUCAGCGACCGGAGUUGAUGGACACAACUGGUUGUAUUAUGUAGCAUAUGCCGUAUUUGAUUCAGAAACUACAGAAAACUGGGUAUGGUUUAUGCAGCAGCUGCGCAGGGCUGUAGGAUGUCCACCAGGGCUAGUAAUUUCCAGUGAUGCUUGCAAGGGACUAGAAAAUGCAGUUGACAAAGUAUUCCCCGAGUGCGAAUAUAGGGAGUGUAUGCGCCAUUUAUACCAAAAUUUUAUGAAAAAAUUCCAUGGUAAAGUGUACACUGACCAUUUGUACCCAGCUGCUAGGGGAUUCACAGAGCACAAGUUCAGAUGGCAUAUGCAAAAGAUAUUUGAGGCUGAUCCAAGUGCUAUCGAGUACCUUGAGAAACACCACAAUAGGAUUUGGUAUAGGUGUGCCUUUGGUGUGGAUAGCAAGGUUGAUUAUCUCACUAACAACAUUUCUGAAAGUUUUAACAAGCAGAUCAAAGACUUGAAAGGGCUAAAUUUGUGUGAGCUACUAGAUAGGAUUAGAGAGCUAAUAAUGGUGAAGUUCAAUGUGAGGAGGCAUGUUGGUAGGUAUUUGGCCGGCAUAAUCUUGCCCGAGGUUCUCAAGAGGCUCAAUGCACUCAGUAAAACAAUUGGGCCCCAUAAAGUGGCGUGGAAUACCGAACAUGAGGCAGAGAUUACACUAUAUGAUGUGAAAGCAUAUGACCAGAGGCACACUGUUGAUCUAAAACAGAGAACAUGCUCAUGUCGGAAAUUUCAAGUUUCUGGGCAGCCUUGCAUUCAUGCAUUGACUUUCAUUUGUUCAAUGAGGGGCGCAAAGAUUGAGUCCUUUGUUGAUGAGUAUUACAGCGUGGCAAAAUUUCGAGCUGCUUAUGCUGGGGCACUGCCAACCAUGACUGAUAGGACACAAUGGGAGCAAGUUGACCUUGGAUUCCUUGUUUACCCACCUAUACAAGAGAAAAGGCCACCUGGAAGGCCCAGGGUUCAAAGAAUUAGAGGAUUUCUUGAAGACCCAGGAAGAAAAGUGGUUAAAUGCAAAAAAUGUGGUCGAAAUGGCCACUUUGCAAAAACUUGCAAUCUCCCUCCUUUAGUUAUUGCAGAACCACCACCAAUGGAGCACACUCCUACUAAAAGAAAGAGAGAUGCUACUGCAGCCGAGGAGGAAGUUGUGGAAGAUGACGAACCUAUAGCAAAUUAUAAAAGGCAGAAGACUCCGGUCAAGAAGAAGACGCCGGCUAAAAAGACGACACCGGUCAAGGAGAAGAUGACGCCGGUCAAGGAGAAGACGACGCCGAUCAAGAAGAAGACGCCAGCUAAAAAGACGACACCGGUCAAGAAGACGCCGGUCAAGGAGAAGACGACACCGGUCAAGAAGAAGACACCGGUCAAGAAGAAAAAGACGCCGGUCAAGAAGAAGACUCCAGUCAAGGGGAAAGGCAAGCAAAGUGAAGGUACUGGAAAGGAGAAAACUGCAGGGAAGAAGAGCAAAAAACUGCAGUUUGUUACACCAUCUACCAGUGAUGCUGUUCUCAAGCCAACUCUAGGAACCAAGAAAAAUCUGCUUUAUUGGCUUGGGGGAUGAAUUUGCUUGAACUGGACCAUGUAUGUGUGUGUGAUGCGCAAACUGGAGCUGGAACUUGUAUGCGUGUGAUGCUCAAACUAGAGGUUGAACUUGUGUGUGUGUGUGUGUGUGAUGCUCAAACUAGAGCCUGAUGGCCAAACUAGAGCCUGAUGUGUGUUGCUUAAACUGGAGCUUAGCUAUUUUGGUUCAUCUAUUGUUGAUGCUCAAACCGGAGCUUUAAGACUA